GAGGAUUGAGCGCCGCGCACGUGGAGCAGGGCGAGCACGUGGGGAGCCUGAGACGAGGGCGACGCGCUCAGUGUUCCAGGAGACUCAGGAGUGCCAUGUUCGCGGUGUCGCAAUGGGGCGACGCGCACGAGGGCCGCAGCCUCACCAAGGCGCUCUUCCCCUCUGGGCAGAAAGGGGCCCGGCGACCCCCUCCGCGCUCCCCAAAGACCCCGAGCCCCGCUCAGCUACCUCAGGCCUCCUCGACAGCACCACCACCACCACCCCCAAAGGACGGUGCUGGAGGCGCCGUCGAGAAGGAGAAGAAGAAAAAGAAGAAGCGGCGCAAGCUGCGGGUGCGGCGCGGCGCCGAGGAGGGGGCUAGCGACGGAGCCGGCGAGGCCGAGGGGAGCACACGCAAGACCCCACGGCGUAGAAAAACGCCGGUGGACGAGAAGUGGCGGCCCAAACACAAGCGGACGCGCAAGCGGCCGUCCCAGAGCGAGGCCCCGGCCGACGGCGAUGCCGACAAAACGGAAACGCGCAAACGGAAGAAAUCGAAGACAUCGGCGGGAGAUGCCGCCGAGGUCCCCGCCGACGAACUUGGGGAACGCGCGAACGACCGCCCCCCUCGCAAAAAAGCGAAAGCGGAGAGCGCCGAGGGAGACGAGCAGAGCGGGGAUGACGGAGAGAGCGGCGUGGGAGAUGAGCAGAGCAGGAAGGGGAAGAAGCCACUCACGAGGAAGCAGUGGCAGAACCGCAUGAAGAGCAAGCGGCGGAUCCGGAACAAAUACAAGCAGCGCGAGCUGGUGUGGCGGAAGGAGCCGGAAGAGCCGGUCGAUGCUGGCGACCGGCAGGUGGAGGAGCCCGCGGAUGCCGCCAUACAAGACCCCUCGCUCUCCAAAUACAAAAGCAAGAAGCUCAAAAGGCAGAAGGAAAAGGAGGAGAAGCAGCAGGUGGAGGCUGAGGGCCGUGACGCCGUCGGGGCGGAGGCAGCGUGCGACGGAGACGUCGAGACCGUCGGCAAAAUCAAGAAGAAGAAAAAGAAGGUCGCUAAAUCGGAGCCCAAACGGCGCAAAGCGGAGAGUCCCACGGAGAACGGCGACGAACGGGAAGGGGCAGGAGAUGCCACGGUCGCCAAGAGUAAAACAAAGAAACUGAAGUCGUCGUCGGCGGCGACAAAGAGGGGAUCCACCAAUGACGCGGAGGAGGAUGAGGAUGGCGCCCACCGGAUCCCAAUGCCGCUCCCUGCGCCGCCGGUCCCCGCAGACCGCUCCGCUGCGCUGCGGCUGCGCAUGCAGCAGCGCCUGCAGGGCGCGCGCUUCCGCUUCCUCAACCAGCAGCUGUACGAGGGCAGCAGCCGCGAUGCGCGGGCCCUGUUCCGCGACGACCCCCAGGCCUUCCAGGACUACCACCAGGGCUUCACGGCGCAGGUGCAGCGCUGGCCUGUGAACCCGCUCUCGCGCAUCAUCUCCUCCAUCAAGAACCGGCCGGCGUCGCUGGUGGUGGCCGACUUUGGGUGCGGGGACGCGCAGCUCGCGGCCUCCGUGCGGAACCACGUGCACUCGUUCGACCUCGUGGCGCUGAACGAGCGCGUGACGGCCUGCGACAUGGCCAAGGUGCCCCUGGAAGGCGCUAGCGUGGACGUGGCCGUCUUCUGCCUCUCGCUCAUGGGGACCAACAUCCAGGACUUCCUCACCGAGGCCAACCGCGUGCUGCGCACAGGGGGCGUGCUGAUGAUCGCCGAGGUGGCGAGCCGCUUCGAGGACGCCCGCAACUUCCUCAGCGCCCUCUCCGCGCUCGGAUUCAAACUGCUGUCCAAGAACAUGGAGGACUCGCACUUCCACCUGUUUGAGCUGCAGAAGACCGCUCCUCCCAAAGCCAAAGAGCAGCUGCCCGGCCUGGCGCUCAAACCGUGCGUCUACAAGAAGCGGUGAGGGCCCCUCCCGGCGCCAGCCUGCACCAACAAGUCGACGGAGCCACGGCGUGAUGGAGCUCCUGCGGCGUGCACUCUGGCGACUCCAGCGGCUCCGGCGUGGGGAGGGGGGACCGGGCACCAGGGCGAGUGCGACUGGCGCGUGCAGUCGAGGCGUGGCGGUAGCGAUCGCGAGCGGUGCCGCAUUCCCCAUUUUUAAUUUUUAUCGAUAAAGGAAACUUAACCCA